AUGAUAACAGAACAAUACUUUAGGAAUAGGCGACGCAAGACGAUCCUCAACGAAGUAUGCGGCACCUUCAACGCUGGCGAGCUGACGGUCAUUAUGGGACAGUCCGGAGCCGGCAAGAGCACUCUCAUGGACAUCCUAGCGGGAUAUACAAAACAAACAAGUGGGAAUAUUUUCAUCAAUGGACGACUGCGCAAUGAAAAAAGUUUUAGGCGGAGAUCGUGUUACAUAUUACAAGAUGACAGAGUACAAGACAUGCUCACUAUCAACGAAUCAUUACACAUAGCAGCAGAACUCAAAUUAGGAAAUCAUAUUAGCAAACAACAGAAAAAACGACGAAUACAUGAAAUAAUCACAUCUCUCGGUUUAAGUAGUUCUAAGCACACUAGAGCUGGUCUAUUGUCUGGUGGUCAGAAGAAAAGGCUGGCAAUAGGUUUGGAAUUAAUCAGUGACCCACCGGUUAUGUUCUUAGAUGAACCUACAAGUGGGCUGGAUAGUUCAAUAUCGAAGCAAAUAGUAUAUUUACUUCACCUUUUAGCGCGGCAAGGGCGGACGGUGGUGGUGACCAUGCACCAGCCGUCCGCCGCUCUGUUGAGCAUGGUGGACCGGCUGUACGCCGUGGUCGGGGGCCGCUGUGCUUACGUCGGCUCCGUACCGCAGCUCCUGCCCUAUCUAGAACAUAUGAACUUAAUGUGCCCGCCCUACCAUAACCCUGUGGACUUUUUAAUCGAAAUAUGUGUAGAAAAUGCGAGUGACCUAGUGGAGAGCUCAGGAAACGGGAGGAACAAUAGAUGGACUGCGAACAUAUCUCAUGAGACUGAUAGUAAUUUAAUAGAAAUAUCUAGUCUAAGUGCCUGUAAAGAGGUUUGCCUGACGACGCUGCCGGCUCCAAAGGAGGAUCCGACGAGUAAAAUAAUAUUAGCACUGAAGAGUACAUACACCACGUCGUUUGUUAAGCAAUUUGCCACGCUAACUCGGAGAUCACUUCUGACAUUUUGGAGGGACCCCUCGUUCACUCUAAUGACGACGGGCAUCCACUGCGCGAUGGCGCUCUUCAUAGGAUUCCUAUUUUACAACAUCGGACAUGACGCUAAGUACGUGCGGGACAACUACAACUUCUUGUACUUCAGCCUUAUGUUCCUCAUGUUCACCGCUUUCAGUGGUGUUACUAUCAGUUUUCCUGAACAAAUCCCUGUGAUCCGACGAGAACAUUUCAACAGGUGGUACACAACGGGUGCCUACUAUACUUCGACUAUAGCAUCGACAUUACCAACACAGACUGUGUGUACACUGUCGUACGCCUUCAUUGUGUACUGGCUUACUGGACAACCUACCGAACUACGGCGGUUCGCCGGCUUCUGCUUCAUACUGCUCUUAGUAUCCUACGUUGGAUUGUGCAAAGGACUGCUUAUCGGAUCCUUAUUUAACGUUAAGAAUGGAGUGGUAUUCGGGCCAUUCUUCAUAAUGCCGUUCACCGUGUUCUCUGGGUUCUUCCUCCGAUACGACGAUGCUCCGUUCUUCGUGCGUUGGCUGUUCCAGGCGUCUUUCCUCAAACAUGGCCUUGUGGGCCUCGUACUAUCCAUCUACGGUAUGGACAGGCCUAAACUCGUGUGUUCAGAAUUAUACUGCCAUUACUCCUACCCUAAUCUAUUCCUACAAGACAACUACAUAGUCGGUGAAAAGUUUUCCAUGCUUAUUCUUGCACUGUUCUCUAUAGGAAUUAUUGUAUCAAUAUUUGCUUUUAUCAUAUUAAAAAUAAGAUUAAAGAGCAAAUGGUAAUAUUUGGGGACUGGACAUGGAUUGAGUUAAUGAAAGUGAGACGGGAUGUGAAAAUCUCGUCAUCUUAAUACAUAAGUAUGACAACGUAACUAGUCUGUUCGAAGAGCGAGCCAUAGAAUGCACAGGUAUAUGUGUAGUGCCAGCAUUAUUAAUUAUGAUAUUUUUACUGGAAUUUCAAUAAAAAAACAACUACAUCGAAAGAAAUUUCAUUAGUAAAGGCUAACCUAUGCCUAUUUUAAAAUAUUAAAUGUCACAGAAAUAUCGUCAAGCAAAAUAUCAGUUGUAUAAAUAAAGAUGAAAACGAUGCGAAUGUUCGUCAUCAAAAUAGGACAGAAUUUAUUUCGGAGACAAAAUAAAUUGUAAUUUAAAAUAUGCUAGACAUUCCAAUGUAAGUGUAAAUAUUUUAUAUUUUAAGGAUCAGAAAUAACUAUAGUAUGUACCGUUAUCGCCAGCUCAAAGUGUUUACAUUAUAAUUUAAAACAUGAUGUGUACAAGUAUGUAAGUGAAUACCAAUUGUAAAAAGUAAUAUAAAUGUGAACUUUUAUAAUAAUUGUUGUAAUAAAAAAUAUUUCAAUAAGUUCUUGUAAUUCAUUAAUAAACUAGAAUAAGAAAGUAAUAUAACAAUGUAUAAAGUAGAUCAGCGAGUUACAGUAAAGGCAUGAAUUCCUUAGUAUUAGGGGUACGGAUUCAUCAGACCUUACCGAAAAUUUAAUAUAUAUAUAAUAAAAUCAUCAGAAUACUACCUAAGCCACCCUAAGUACUAAAGAAAUCACGUACGUACCGAAAUAAAGUUCGUUUAUUUAAUACCAAAGAUUACAAUUAUCAUUACAGGCAUGCUGUUUUUAAAUACAUACAUUACUACAAGUAACUAUGGAAUUACAGUUUUGCUAAUCAAUGAAAGACAAGAUUUCAAUAAACAAAUUACAGACACAUUAAUUGAUACUUUAACUCGUCGAGUACUGGUUUUGUAGACACAAUUAU